AAGACAAUUAGCAACACAAGAGAAGACAGUCAAAGAUGUCUAAGGUUAGGAAGAGAGCUGUUCUGGUGGGAUGCAACUACCCAAACACAAGGCUCAGGUUGCAAGGAUGCAUCAAUGAUGUGUCAAGCAUGGAAGAGUUGAUCGUGAACGAAUUUGGCUUUAAUCAAGACAAUGUUAAGUACUUGGUUGAUGAACCAGGCACGUCGCCUGAGGGUUUGCCUACUCGUGCAAACAUUAUGGCUGCACUCGAGGAGAUGGUGGAUGCUUCUGCAUCAGGUUAUAUACUGUUUUUUCACUUCAGUAGACAUGGAACAACCUUUUUAUCCUUGAAACCUGGCGAAUCCUACCAGGAAGAAGAAGCAAUUGUUCCUUGUGAUUUAAAUCUCAUCACCAACAUGGACUUGAGGCGCUUGAUUCAAAAGCUACAACCAGGAACAAGCUUCACAAUCCUAUCAGAUUCAUGCCACAGUGGCGGACUGAUUGACAAAGACAAAGAACAAAUUGGACCUACUAGAAUGAAGGGUAUACCACUUCCAGUUUACUACAAGUCUAGGGGCAUUUCUAUUGGAUCCAUAAUGGAUUACCUGCAUUCGGUUACGGAUGCAUCCAAACUGGAACAAAUGUUGCGAUAG